CACACUGCGGCAGCUGUCCCCUCCGGACCAUGGCCGACGACGACGUGCUGUUCGAGGAUGUGUACGAGCUGUGCGAGGUGAUCGGCAAGGGUCCCUUCAGUGUUGUACGACGAUGUAUCAACAGAGAAGCUGGGCAGCAAUUUGCUGUAAAAAUUGUUGAUGUAGCCAAAUUCACAUCAAGUCCAGGGUUAAGUACAGAAGAUCUAAAGCGGGAAGCCAGUAUCUGUCAUAUGCUGAAACAUCCCCACAUUGUAGAGUUAUUGGAGACAUAUAGCUCAGAUGGAAUGCUUUACAUGGUUUUUGAAUUUAUGGAUGGCGCAGAUCUGUGUUUUGAAAUCGUAAAGCGAGCUGACGCUGGCUUUGUAUACAGUGAAGCUGUAGCCAGUCACUACAUGAGACAGAUACUGGAAGCUCUACGCUAUUGUCAUGAUAAUAACAUAAUUCACAGGGAUGUGAAGCCCCACUGUGUUCUCCUCGCCUCAAAGGAAAACUCGGCACCCGUUAAACUUGGGGGCUUUGGGGUAGCUAUUCAAUUAGGAGAGUCUGGACUUGUAGCUGGAGGACGCGUUGGAACACCUCAUUUUAUGGCCCCAGAAGUUGUCAAAAGAGAGCCUUACGGAAAACCUGUAGAUGUCUGGGGUUGUGGCGUGAUCGUUUUUAUCCUGCUAAGUGGUUGCUUGCCUUUUUAUGGAACCAAGGAAAGACUGUUUGAAGGUAUUAUUAAAGGAAAAUAUAAGAUGAAUCCAAGGCAGUGGAGCCAUAUCUCUGAAAGUGCCAAAGACCUAGUCCGUCGCAUGCUGAUGCUGGAUCCAGCUGAAAGGAUCACCGUGUAUGAAGCACUGAAUCACCCAUGGCUUAAGGAGAGGGAUCGUUAUGCCUACAAGAUUCAUCUUCCAGAAACAGUAGAGCAACUGAGGAAAUUCAAUGCAAGGAGGAAACUAAAGGGUGCAGUCCUAGCAGCUGUGUCAAGUCACAAAUUCAACUCGUUCUACGGUGACCCCCGUGAAGAAUUGCCCGAUUUCUCUGAAGACCCUACCUCCUCAGGAGCAGUCUCACAGGUGCUGGACAGCCUGGAAGAAAUUCACGCACUUACAGACUGCAGUGAAAAGGACUUAGAUUUUCUACACAGUGUUUUCCAGGAUCGGCAUUUUCACACACUACUAGAUCUGUAUGACAAAAUUAACACAAAGUCUUCACCACAAAUCAGGAAUCCUCCAAGCGAUGCAGUACAUAGAGCCAAAGAGGUAUUGGAAGAAAUUUCAUGUUACUCCGAGAAUAAUGAUGCAAAGGAACUAAAGCGUAUUUUAACACAACCUCAUUUCAUGGCCUUACUUCAGACUCAUGAUGUAGUGGCACAUGAAGUUUACAGCGAUGAGGCGUUGAGGGUCACACCUCCUCUCACCUCUCCCUAUUUAAAUGGUGAUUCUCCAGAAAGCGCAAACGGAGACAUGGAUAUGGAGAAUGUGACCAGAGUCCGCCUGGUCCAGUUCCAAAAGAACACAGAUGAGCCCAUGGGAAUCACUUUAAAAGUGAAUGAACUAAAUCACUGUAUUGUUGCAAGAAUUAUGUACGGGGGCAUGAUUCACAGGCAAGGAACACUUCACAUUGGUGAUGAAAUUCGAGAGAUUAAUGGCAUCAGUGUGGCUAACCAAACAGUCGAACAGCUGCAAAAAAUGCUUCGGGAAAUGCGGGGGAGUAUCACCUUCAAGAUCGUGCCGAGUUACCACACUCAGUCAUCGUCCUGCGAGAGAGAUUCCCCCUCCACUUCCAGACAGUCCCCAGCUAAUGGUCAUAGCAGCACUAACAAUUCUGUUUCGAUCUAUGUAAGAGCACAAUUUGAAUAUGAUCCAGCCAAGGAUGACCUCAUCCCCUGCAAAGAAGCUGGCAUUCGAUUCAGAGUUGGCGACAUUAUCCAGAUUAUUAGUAAGGAUGAUCACAACUGGUGGCAGGGUAAACUGGAAAACUCCAAAAAUGGAACCGCAGGUCUCAUUCCUUCUCCUGAACUUCAGGAAUGGCGAGUCGCUUGCAUCGCCAUGGAGAAAACCAAACAGGAGCAGCAGGCCAGCUGUAACUGGUUCGGCAAGAAAAAGAGGCAGUACAAAGACAAAUACUUGGCAAAGCACAAUGCAGUGUUCAAUCAAUUAGAUCUCGUUACAUAUGAAGAAGUAGUAAAACUGCCAGCAUUCAAAAGGAAAACACUAGUUUUAUUAGGUGCAUACGGUGUUGGGAGAAGACACAUAAAAAACACUCUCAUCACAAAGCACCCAGACCGGUUUGCGUACCCUAUUCCACAUACAACCAGACCUCCAAAGAAAGAUGAAGAAAAUGGAAAGAACUAUUACUUUGUAUCUCAUGACCAAAUGAUGCAAGACAUCUCUAAUAACGAGUACUUGGAGUAUGGCAGCCAUGAGGAUGCGAUGUAUGGGACAAAACUGGAGGCCAUCCGGAAGAUCCAUGAGCAAGGCCUGAUUGCAAUACUGGACGUGGAGCCUCAGGCACUGAAGGUCCUGAGGUCUGCAGAGUUCGCUCCUUUUGUUGUUUUUAUUGCCGCACUGACUAUCACUCCAGGUUUAAAUGAGGACGAAUCUCUUCAGCAUCUGCAGAAGGAGUCUGACAUCUUACAGAGAACAUACGCACACUACUUCGAUCUCACAAUUAUCAACAAUGAAAUUGAUGAGACAAUCAGACAUCUGGAGGAAGCCGUGGAGCUCGUGUGCACGGCCCCGCAGUGGGUCCCCGUCUCCUGGGUCUAUUAGGCCUCUCACGAGACCUGCCGCAAACCCGGGGGCCACCUCUUCAUUCAUGGAAAAGCCUCUUUGUUAUCGGCCGUGUGUCAGCAGGUCAUGGUCCCUAGAGACUACCUAGUUGUAGUGUGACCUCCAUUUAUAAUUAUUGUCAUGUCUGAAUCGAUAGGAGGAGAAAACAAUUACACACUCAUUUAAAGAGACAGUAUCCUUUUUAAUCAGUUCUCCUAAACUUUAAUAAACUGUAUCUUUAAAUGUAUGUAUUAUUCAAUCCUUUGGAAUGUUAUAUUUUUGGAAAUCAUAGCUUUUUAUUUCCAAGGCCCCUAAAACCUGCACAAAAUAGAUGCUGCUUUCUAUAAUCUAUUUUAAUAAUAAACAAUGAUUCUGUUACCUUGA